GCGUAUGACCUGGAGAAGUGUAGACCAAAGGCUGCAAGCUAGUCUUGCAACUUCAUUACUCUGUUUUGUUCUGGUUUUUUUUGCCCUUAGCUCCUUAUCUCUUCAGUGCAUGUUAUUUAUGCCUGGUGAAAUCCCUGCGAGGACAAUAGAAAAGCAGAUCAUACAGGCUAGUGAUCCUCAGGAUCCAGUUAAACUCUGCUGGGAAGCGUUAUUACCCUUUGUUCUGAAGAUGUUCUUUGUGCUGCCUAUGAGAAUCAGUUAUAAAGCCUUAAGAAAAAAAGAUACAGCUAUUGCUGAGGAUUCAAAGACAGUCACAUCUGGUUUGAAUUCAAGAACUUAUAAGCCCAAUAGUGUUGCGAUAUUUUUUCAUUUGAGAAUUAUAGUCUUUUUUAUUUGUUUCCAGGGAAUGAUUUGUUGAUGUACCAUCUUCAAUUCUGUGCUCUUUUCCUUGGUUGUUUGGUAAAAAGGAAAUCUGCUUCGCUGUUUUAACACAUCUGUCUAAUUGCAAGCAGGGUACUGCUGAUGUCAGGCCAGGUAGAAGGUGCCUACCACCACUUUUAGAGUACAGACCAUCUCUCCUUUAUUUUGGCUCCAGAAUUAUAUGAAAAAUGUAAUCACAGGGGUUUUUUUCUGUAUGUACUUAUUUGCAUCAGAGGAAUUUUAGUGGAAAUAUUUAAUGAGAUUAACUUCUCAGGGAAAAUGGCUUUAUAUUUCCAAAUGAUACUUGUAAUGAAUCAGAACAUCGUUAUGUAACACCUAACCUGAGAAUAAAACCUGGCUUUUUAAAUUAAAUUCUAUUUAGACCGUGAAAUUGCUUUCAGAAAAUCGUGGUGAAUGGAUGUUUGGGAAAGAUUACUUGAUAAUCUACUUGCAAGAUUGUCUCUUCCUUCAGGCUUUUAAGAAGGCAGCUUCCGGAAGACAGGUACUGGAGCCUUCUGGGAUCCCAUUUGAAAGAAAGAACAGAGAUUUUUGCACCAUAAGUCUGCAUGAGAUGUCCUGCGUGCUUUCGAUACAGGUGCUGUCAUCUAUUUCAAUUAGCAUUGUCAGACUCAGAAAUCCCCAAGGAUGUGCUUUCUGCAGUGACCCAGGUGAAUUAGAGGGGAAACUUCUCAGGUUUUGGUCACGUUUGAAUUAUGGUGCACAUUGAAAGAGGAGAAAUUCAUAGGCAGAGAGUAACUUUCUUCUCACACUGGAUGAGACACUCGUUUGAAUAACUGAACCUGUAACAGCAGUAAUGAGCUACAGCCAUGAUACUUCUUUCUAUUCUUAUACAUAAAUAACGUGUAGCAUGAUAUGAAGAUUUCACUGGUGAUAAGCUGCGGAAGGGCUCAUCGUGCACCUCUGUGAGAGUUGCUGGAGUGGCGAUGGGACGCCGUUCCUCUCCUCGGUCCCCUUCAUCCAGCCGCAUGCAGUGCUUCAGCAGGACGGCAAGAAACCUGAGAAAGCAGUCCUGUACCCUUGGCAGACUUCUCUCAGCAGCGCUGUGGCUAUUUCCAGAAGGGAAGAUGCAGUCUUGAAAUGGGAGAUGAGGAAAUUGAUGGCUGGUUUCCAUCUUGAGGGAGGAAGGAAGGAGAAGAGGAGGUUGAUGCCAUGUAUUUUUCAGUGGCCUGGAAGGAAUUGGGACACUACAGGCUCCCCUUGACUGCCCUGUGUGAAGGCAAAUCCUAUCAAGUGUCACCUGAUAAACCCCAAAUCGGUUCUUCAACUCUGUUCUAUUUUUCUGCCACAGAAGUUGCAGUCUUUUUAUUUCAGCUUCUCCCAUUUUUGGAUGAUUGAAUCUCCACGUCUUCUGCAGCGGAAGAGGAGCACGUGUAGUUUGCUGAGAUCUGUUUUACUUGAGCUGUUGCAGUUGGAGGCAAACGAUCCUCUAGAAAGGAAGAAGUCAGGAUCCUGUGUGUGAAUACCAGGUCAAAUGUCACUCACUUUGCUGAUAAGUAUCAACACUUCAGUCUGAAUUGGAGGAAAUAUGUCUGUUGUCAUCAAAAGUGAAGUCAGGACCUGUUUGGGAUAAACUUUGACAGAUGCUGGUUGACCUAAAUCAGGAUUUAACUGAUGCUCCUGCUGCGCUGCCCGCUGCUGCUGCUGCUGCUGCCGCUCAGCUCCAGGCCCCAGAAGUUCCCUACCAGAGAUGAGGAGCUCUUCCAAAUGCAGAUCCGGGACAAAGCAUUUUUUCAUGAUUCAUCAGUCAUCCCAGAUGGAGCCGAAAUUAGCAGCUACCUCUUCCGGGACACCCCGAAAAGGUAUUUCUUUGUGGUUGAAGAGGACAACACUCCCUUGGCAGUGACAGUGACACCAUGCGAUGCCCCUCUGGAGUGGAAACUGAGCGUACAAGAGCUCCCAGAAGAAGCCAGCGGAGAAGGUUCAGGUGAACCAGAACCUCUUGAGCAACAGAAACAGCAGAUCACUAAUGAGGAAGGCACAGAGCUGUUCUCUUACAAAGGCAACGAUGUCGAGUACUUUGUGUCCUCUAGUUCUCCCUCUGGUUUGUACCAACUAGAUCUGCUGUCGACAGAGAAAGAUACACAUUUUAAAGUGUAUGCAACCACUACUCCAGAAUCAGACCAACCUUAUCCUGAAUUACCUUAUGAUCCCAGAAUCGAUGUCACUUCUCUGGGACGUACAACAGUGACACUGGCAUGGAAACCAAGCCCCACCGCCUCCUUACUGAAACAGCCAAUUCAGUAUUGCAUAGUCAUCAAUAAGGAACACAAUUUCAAAAGCCUCUGUGCUGUUGAAGCCAAGCUCAGUUCUGAUGAUGCCUUCAUGAUGGCUCCAAAACCAGGUCUGGAUUUCAGUCCAUUUGACUUUGCCCUUUUUGGCUUUCCCUCGGAUAACAACUCUGGCAGAGAACGUGGUUUCUUAAAAUCAUCAUCAAAGUUUGGGCGCCAGCAAUCAUCAAAGCCAAGAGUUGACCUGCAUAAAGUUUGUAUUGGGAACAAGAACAUCUUCACAGUGUCAGACCUGAAGCCUGAUACACAGUACUAUUUUGAUAUGUUUGCAGUAAAUACCAACACUAACAUGAGCACCGCAUAUGUUGGCACCUUUGCCAGAACAAAGGAGGAGGCUAAACAGAAAACAGUGGAACUGAAGGAUGGCAAAGUUACAGAUGUAUUCAUCAAGAGAAGGGGAGCCAAAUUUCUACGUUUUGCUCCUGUUUCAUCUCACCAGAAGGUCACCUUCUCUGUUCAUUCAUGCCUGGAUGCUGUUCAGAUCCAAGUUAGAAGAGACGGAAAACUUCUCUUGUCUCAAAACGUGGAAGGUGUGCGGCAGUUCCAGCUUAGGGGAAAAGCAAAAGCUAAAUAUCUCAUCAGGCUGAAAGGAAGCAAAAAAGGUGCUUCUAUGCUGAAGAUCCUGGCUACAACAAGGCCUAACAAGCAGUCAUUUCCUUCUCUUCCUGAAGACACACGAAUUAAAGCCUUUGACAAGCUCCGCACGUGUUCUUCAGUCACUGUGGCAUGGCUGGGUACACAGGAGAGAAACAAAUUCUGCAUCUACAAAAGGGAAGUGGAUGAUAACUACAAUGAAGAGCAGAAGAAAAGAGAGCAGAACCAGUGCUUGGGUCCAGAUACGAGGAAGAAGUCAGAAAAGGUUCUCUGUAAAUACUUCCACAGCCAGAACAUCCAGAAAGCAGUGACCACAGAGACAAUCAAAGGCCUGCAGCCUGGCAAGUCCUACCUGCUGGACGUUUAUGUGAUAGGGCACGGUGGGCAUUCUGUGAAAUAUCAGAGCAAAUUAGUGAAAACAAGGAGGUUCUGUUAGUGCCCCUGUACAUAGAAAUAUAUGGAACUCCGGUCUGAAAAUUAUCCUGCUUCCCAGUAUACAGAUUGACUACUUGCACAGCUGAGAAGUUGUGGCCUGUAUUUGUACUGUGUAGAAAAGAUAUCGACUUGUAUAUUUAUGUUUACAUAAGUAAUUGUUUGAAGGAACUGCGGCUGGUGCUCUCUGGCAGCAUCUGGCCAACAGUAUUAUCUUGUGUCCGGUGACCCACAUGUGAUGCUCAGUAGAUGUGCAAGGUAGCAGGAAACCUUGAAGGAACUGGCACUCCUUUGCUUCCAUAUUGCAUGAACUGCUUCUAAAUUAUUUUAUACCUAAAAGGCUGAGAUACAUCAUUCUUCCACCUUGUUAUUCAUGCAGAAAACUCACAGACGUACACCCUUUCUCUCAGUGUAGGCGGUAGGGUUUCUGUAAAUUAUUUUAUAGAGUCUUGUUUUAAACGUUUAUGUUUCUAUGAUUGUAAACUAUUAAAUACUCUCCCCAGUAAAAUACAGAUCUAAACUAAAUAUUAACUGGGCUGCACACGAAGCAGUUUCAUUGCUAAUGUAAAUUCUUACCUAGAUGAUUUUCAUGUUUAAAUACUGUAUGUAUUUCAUGUACAAAGUUGCCAUAAUGUUAUAUCCCUGUAUAUAAAAUUAAAAAUAUUAGAUUCUAUAUUGUUUCUUUUUUCUUGACAUGCUAAUAGAGCAAACAGGCUUGG